AUGGAUGAAAAUUUGACAAAGUACACCAAGGCAAUGGAGACGGAGCUAACCCCCAUGCCCUCGAGCUCCGAUGCCCUGGACACCUAUCAUCAUCGCCACCAUGAACUGACCACCGGUUCCACCCUCACAUGCACACGAGUCUCCCUAAAGCUGUACCGCACCCUCAAAUGGAGAAGGCGCAUCAAGUCCGAGCGGGCGGCCUUGGGCCCCUCAUCCGCUGGCAGGGCCGCCACCGAUGACGUACCAGCACUGAACCUGGACUCCGGGGCCAGGACGGCACUCAAAAAAGCUAGUCAGAUGUAA